AUGAACAUCUCAUAAGAAAUUUUGGGUUAAGGAUUAACUUCCGAUGUUAAAAAAGUAUAGAUCAAUAAAAAGGAAUAUGCAAUAAAAUUAUUCAAAUAAACUCGUUACUUAUCAUAAAUAGAAAAAGAGAUUAAUAUUCUUUCUUAAAUCUAACAUUUAAAUGUUGUAAAAUUUAUAGAGGGAAAUCCUGAGAAAAAGUUCAUGAUAAUUGAGCUUUUACAUUAAAUGGACCUCUUUGACAUUUUAGUAAAAAAAAAGAUGCCCUUCUAAAUCGUUUCUAUUAAAUACAUAAUUUAAUAAUUAGCAGCAACAAUCAAAUAUAUUCAUAAUUUGGGUUUUGUGCACAGAGACAUCAAAUUAGAAAAUAUUCUAUUUGAUAAAUAAUUAGAAAUUAAGAUCUGUGAUUUUGGAUUUGCUGAACCCCUGGAAAAUCAAUUUGUUAUGAGGACUUCUGGUACAGAUGGAUAUUUGGCGCCAGAGUUAUAAAAUGAAGGUGUAAUACACACUAAAGACUUACCUAUAACAGAAGUUUUUUCAUUAGGAGUAUGUGCCUUCUAAUUGGCAUUUAUCCAUCCUCCAUUUAGAAAAAGUACCAAAGGUUGUGGAUUUUGGAGAUUGAUAUCUAAUAACGAAUGGGAUAAAUAUUGGUAGAAGAUUGACAAAUAAAAUUAAUAUAAUGAUGAGUUCCGAUAACUUAUUUAAGGUAUGUUGGAGUCUGAUCCAAAAAAGAGAAUGACAAUUGAUUAAGUAUUAGAACAUUAAUUCUUACUUGGUGGAUGCAAAGAAACAUUUUAAUAAGAAGUUUAGGAAAGAUUGAAGAUAGAAUGA